CACCUUGUCUACUUACCUCAUCUCAUCUCACACCAAAAACAACCAAUCCAAAGUUCCAAACCACCACGACGACGACGAGCUAGUUGUUAGCUACACCGAUUUGGUGCCAGCGACAAGAGAAGAUUUUUUGGAUUGAGGUGAUGGGGGUGCUCUUCUCGUGCCCGGUGGACGAUGAGACCGCGGCGGUGGAGGACGCCGCUCCGGUGGCGGAGCAGGCGGUGCUGAAGGCGUCGCUGGGCUCCGGGGGGAGGCUGCGGAUCGAGGGGUCGCUGAGCUUCAAGACGAGGGAGCAGCAGAGUCUCCAGGUGGAGACCAAGAUCCCCGCCGUCACCUCGCCGCGCGCCGCGCCGGCGCCGAUGCCGAGGGAGCUCCUCCGCACGCGCUUCGCUGAUGCCGCCGCCGCCGCCGCGCCGGAGAGCCCCAAGCACGAGGCCGCGGCGGUGACGCUGCAGAAGGUGUACAAGAGCUUCCGCACCCGCCGCCGCCUCGCCGACUGCGCCGUCCUCGUCGAGCAGAGCUGGUGGAAGCUGCUGGAUUUCGCGCUGCUGAAGAGGAGCUCGGUGUCCUUCUUUGACAUCGAGAAGCAAGAAUCCGCGGUGUCCAAGUGGGCAAGGGCAAGAACACGAGCAGCCAAGGUUGGAAAGGGGUUGUCCAAGGAUGAUAAGGCUCAGAAACUCGCAUUGCAGCACUGGCUUGAAGCUAUUGACCCGAGGCACCGGUAUGGACAUAAUCUUCACUACUACUAUGACUGCUGGCUGCAGUGCGAAAGCAAGGAGCCAUUCUUCUACUGGCUUGAUGUUGGAGAAGGCAAGGAGAUUAAUCUUGAAGACCGGUGCCCGAGAUGGAAGCUUCUAAGCCAGUGCAUCAAAUACCUUGGUCCCCAAGAAAGAGAAGACUACGAGGUUGUGAUUGAGGAUGGCAAGUUCAUGUACAAGAACAGCCGGGAAAUCCUUGACACAUCUGGAGGGCCAAGAGAUGACAAAUGGAUCUUUGUUCUGAGCACAUCCAAGAAUCUGUAUGUUGGUCAGAAGAAAAAGGGCAAAUUUCAGCAUUCCAGCUUCCUCGCUGGCGGCGCAACGUCUGCUGCUGGCCGACUAGUUGUCGAAGAUGGAACACUGAAGGCAAUCUGGCCUCACAGCGGGCACUACCGCCCGACAGAGGAGAACUUCCAGGAGUUCCAGGGCUUCCUCAAGGACAACAAUGUCGACCUCACUGAUGUCAAGAUGAGCCCAACUGAAGAGGAUGAGGAGUUCUGGAGCAGGCUGAGGAGUAUCCCUUCUGACCGGUGCGCCGAUGCCGCUGACAACACUGAAGAAGAGAUGAACUCUUCUGAACAAACUGUCAAUUGCCAAACGCCUGAAGCCACUGAAACCCCAACUGAAGAGAUCUCAUCACAACACAUCCAAGAAACAAUCAACAAUCCUAGCACAACUCUGCCAAGGGUGGCUUCAUCAGAAGGCCCCGCGACAUCGAAUGCCGGCGACAACGGCUCGUCUGAAGAAGGAGGAGAAGAUCAUCAUCGUCAGGAAGAGGGCGAUGAGCCAUCAUCGCCGUCGUCGUCGUCGUCUGUGCCGAGGGAGAAGAUCCUUGAGAGGAUCAACUCCAAGAAGGAGGCCAAGUCGUACCAGCUGGGGAAGCAGCUGUCGUUCAAGUGGACCACCGGCGCCGGGCCACGGAUCGUGUGCGUCAGGGACUACCCGUCGGAGCUGCAGCUCCGGGCGCUGGAGCAGGUGCACCUGUCGCCGAGGAGCGCCGCCGCCGCCGCCGGCGGCAGGCCGUCGUCCCGGUUCGCGUCGCCGCAGAGGUCAAGCAGCCCGAUGGCGAGAGGGUGCAGCGAGCCAUUGACGCCGAGAGAGGCAUUCCGCUCGCAUCUGCAGCAGGGAGUGCUGAUCAGGUGAACUGAUCAUCGCUGGAUGGGGAGUGGAAAAUUGUGAUGAUACAAUUCACCUGUUCUUUGCCUUGAACAGGGUGAUGAUACAAAUUGUGCAUAGAAAGAAUAAGGGGUGGGGGUAAAGAAAAUCCUACCCAUGUAGAUCUUGUAGUAGAGUCUCAAAAAAGAGAUCUUGUAGCAAGAGUGAUAUACACAAAUCAAAGCAAAUCAAUACAAAUUCUUUCAUUCUUUGUUCUUAAA